GAAAGAAGACAUUGAAGCUUUCAUUCAUCAAGCUAGCGGAAGAAAACAAUAGUUGAAUCCUUAUAUCCUUGAAUAAACAUCUAUACCACCUGCAAAAUGGCAUUUCGAGCAACAAGAUUUGCGUGGUCAUGGAGUGCAACAGCACCCAGAAAUACAACAAUCCGCCAAUACAUCAAGGAAACCCUUAAAGAGAGUCCUGAAAAGCUUGAGAAGCUAAAGAAGGUAUUAGGAAAGAAGGGUCAAGAGGUUUCGCAGGAGGCAGAAAAGGCAAGUGAAAAGCCCGCACAAGACUUAAAGAAAGAGGCUACAGAAAACGUCAAACAGACAGCUCAGGAAUUGAAAAACACAGAUUAUGAGGGAAAAGCUAAGGAAGCUACCACAAAAAUGAAAAAAGAAUUUGAAGAAAGAAGCUCAGAUGUCCUUGAGGAUGCUCGACGCGAUGGAAUGCUGAAAGAAAAAAACAAAAAGGGAAUUAAAAAGGAAUAAAAAGAUAUGAUGCCCAUUGCCUCCAUCAUGAUUCGCUUAAUGAUUACUAAUGAAGUGAAAAUAACUUUUCCUUUGAUCAAAUGAGUCACUUUCAAAAACGCAGUAGACAACGUAGCAAAUAGCAGGCUUCGAAUUACUAUGCUCUUCAACAUGGUAAUCUUCAUUGUUCCAAAGUUGAAUAUUUCAGCGAACAUUUGUAACUGGCUUUGGAUUAUACCUCAGCACGAUCAACUUCCCCAUGUUUGUUAUCUCAAAUGAAUUCAUUCGUGCGUUUAUUUUACUCAGUUAGUCUUCAUGUAUAUACUACCAUUAUGUAUUUAUGUAUUUAACACAGACACAUUCCUCUGACUUUUUCCCAUCGAAUUGUUUAUUAACGAUAGUCACCGUAGCCUGUGACUGCGCUUUGAGUAGAAGAUAUAAGGCCGAGAAUUCUGCUAGAAAAUCCACAUUCGUAUGAAUCCACACUAUUCACAAGCCAUUUUCACGUUUCUAUGUAACUGGCUUGGGGAACGUGUAGGAUAGAGAAAAAGCCGCUGUGGUACUUCAUACGGGACGGAAUAGUUUUCCUUUCGUUCCGUAAUAAAUCGGUGGGAUAAUUGUGUCAGGUGUUUAGUUAAUUAUUAUUAUAUAAUGAAUAUAAUUCUUUAAGAAUAUUUGGG